GUAACUGGCUUUGAUUUGGGAAUGACUGCGUUGGCGAUCGCCGGGGCAGUGAAGGAACAGGCCAAAUUGCCACAACUAGACCCGAAACUUGCCCAUUACCACACCACUACUUGGAGGUGGAUCUUAAGGCAGUUGAGUCUAUACCCGGAAGUUAUAUUUUAUAAGAAGUUCUGCCAAUUGCACAAAGUAUGGCGUCAACGAUUCUACUACGAGGAUAUGUUCGUACCCGAAUGGUUAAAAAAAAUAUUGGUAUGGGUUGAUAAUACCUCAUGGGAUAAAGAAGUAAAUAUUACUCGGCGGUACAAUAUAUACGCAAGACGUGAAUUUGACAAGAACGAUAGAUAUCCACCCAAGAAAUUCGUUUCAAAGGAAUCAUUCAGCAAUUCAACAAGUAUUUAUUAUCCAGGCAAUUUUUUAGAUACACUAUAUGACGAAGGAUUACCCAUCAAAGUUCCCCACGGUUAA